CAUAUUUGGAGGAGUUUAAAACCCAACUCGUAUCCAUCAUCGUCAUCGUUCCUGUAAUCCCUCUCUGGCUUUCCCAAUUUCCUUGUGCGAGCUGCGACUCCAGGUUCGAAAUUCUUAUUCAUCAUCCUCAUCAAUUCAUUUUUCAAAGCAUUUAAGUUAAGCAUUUCAGCUUUGAAGAAAUGCCGUCUCUGCAAACAGCGUUGCCCCCUGAGCUUGCCAACAAUGUGAUCAGACUUUACCGGGAGUGUCUCCGAAGAGCUAAAUACAUAGGGCAUAAGCAACACAAUACAGCUUUGGUUGUUGAUAUGGUAAGGCAGCAGUUCAAAAAACAUAUGCAUGAGACAGAUCCAGAAAAGAUUCAGAAGUUGAAAGAUGAUGCUGCAAGGGGACUAAUAAACCACAUGCUCUAUGAGUCUGAGAAGCUGUCUGGGCGUAAAUUCAGCAAGAGCUCUUGAUGGUGUUGGAGUUUUUAUUUGAGAUGCUGGUGUCUAAGACAAAUUUUUGACUGCUAAACCAAGUAAUAAAGAGAGGCUCGGGUUUUAGGAUUCCUAAUGAUUUUCCCAGUGUCAUGCAUUAUGUAUAAUGAAACUUGCCUGACUUGUUUACUUAGUAUUUUGAUUAUUUGCUUUGCUGUAUGAUGCAUGAUACUAAGGUUGAGGCAAGUUAUGUGGGUUCAAGAUAUUGCAUCUUCUUGUAAUUGCCUGUGAUGGCUGCAGUUUUAUUUAUCAGUCUGAUGUGAUUAACUUGAGUUAUAUA